AUCAGUCCAAGGACAUCAUCCGCAUGGAAAGGGGGGGAAGUUUGAUCCUCUUUCUCACGGAGCGCACUCUACGGGAGUUUUUUUCUCCCAACUCUUUUACGCGUAGGAUUUUUCUCCAUUUUGACUUGGCUUCUUUUUUAUUUGAGGAUUUUUCUUAAACGUAACAGAUACCGGCGUGGUGUGAGCUGGUCUGAGCGCUCCGCUAAACUGGAUUUAAAUUUGAUUUUUAGUUUUCUCCCCGCGCCCUAAGUUUGCUUCAUGAUGCUUCUUGAUAGUGGUCCGCAGUUUGCAUCUUUAGGAGUGGGGGGCUUCGGGACACCAAGACACCACCACGAGCUCGGCAACAGAGACCCCAGUUUGGGGCUGAAUCCCUUCUCCGACUCCUCUCACUCCGCAGCUUUCAAAAUCAGCCCCGUGGCGCAUGACAUCGCCUCCAGUCAGACGUCUGCGUUCACCCCGCAAGCCUCCGGGUACGCAGCCGCUCUGGGACACUCGCAUGGCGGCCAGGUGGGCUCGUACGGGGGUGGUGCGUUCAAUUCCACGCGGGACUUUCUGUUUAGGAACCGCGGCGUUGCGGAGCCUCCUGCUCCAAGCGCACAACACGGAAUCUUUGCUGCUUCGGCAGGGAGUCUUCACGGGCCGCCGGGGAUCCCCGAUAACCCCGGACAUCUGUUGUUUCCAGGACUUCACGACCAGGGGGUGAGCCACACGUCACCGAGCGGACAUGUAGUCAACAGCCAAAUGCAUCUUGGCUUACGCGGGGAUAUCUUCGGAAGACCCGAUCCGUACCGUUCUGUGGCUAGUCCUCGGACAGACCCCUAUGGAGCCCAGCUGCACAAUUACAACCAUCCCAUCAACAUGAACAUGGGCAUGAACGUGCCCACGCACCAUGGCCCCGGGGCCUUUUUUAGAUACAUGCGGCAGCCCAUUAAACAAGAGCUAUCCUGUAAGUGGAUAGACGAGAACCAGAUGAACAGACCCAAAAAGACUUGCGACAGGACUUUCAGCACCAUGCAUGAGAUGGUCACGCACGUGUCUAUGGAGCAUGUUGGCGGCCCGGAGCAGAGUAACCAUAUCUGCUUUUGGGAGGACUGUCCGAGAGAGGGCAAAUCUUUUAAGGCCAAGUAUAAACUUGUGAACCACAUUCGAGUGCACACAGGAGAGAAGCCCUUCCCAUGCCCGUUCCCUGGAUGUGGCAAAAUAUUUGCCAGGUCAGAAAAUCUGAAAAUCCACAAAAGAACACACACAGGUGAGAAGCCGUUUAAGUGUGAAUUUGAUGGCUGUGACAGACGAUUCGCCAACAGCAGCGACAGGAAAAAGCACAUGCACGUGCACACGUCAGACAAGCCGUAUAUUUGCAAAGUGUGCGACAAGUCCUACACGCACCCCAGCUCUCUCAGGAAACACAUGAAGGUUCACGAGUCUCAAGGAUCCGAAUCAUCUCCGGCUGCCAGUUCUGGAUAUGAGUCCUCCACACCACCAGUACUGGUUUCAGGCAGCACCGAGGACCCCACAAAAACCCCACCGUCAGCCGUGGUACAGAACACGUCUGGUCACAGCGAAGGACUGGCUCCAAACUUUAACGAGUGGUACGUUUGACUAAAAGAAAACACUUUACCAGCGUGUACCACGGCACUGAAGACGCACGGAUUUGACCCUAACACACACGUCCACACAUACACACACGGGAUUAGGACUACAGCAGGAGACAAGAGCAAAAGGCAGCAAGCUGCACGCAGGCCACGUCCAUUCUCAGGAUCAUGGAAUCUGACUUUGAUUCUACCGUUUGGUGGAAAUAAAACGCGUAAAUAAACAAAAUAAUCAAAUGAAUAAAUAGAAUGAACACACGUUGCUUUCUCAAAUAAAUACAUGUUUGUAUCAUUUUUCUUUACAGCAAAUAACUCUUGUUUCAUUUAUGUAUUUUCUCAUUUUUCUAUUUAAAAAAAUAAAGAUAGGGUACUAUUGUACGCUCUUUUCUAUGGUGGCAACGCGCUGCCGCCUCUUCAAAUCUGAUUGUUGGAACUUCAAACAGUCUUAAGAAACGUGCCAAAGUCUUUGUCAUUAACUUGAACACAGAAAAAACGCAGAAACUAAUAGUAUACUUGUGAAUGUAUUUCCUUGUUUGAUGGGGUUGAAUCUGUUGUCAGCGUCCGUUUUCAGGUGGACACAUGUGCUUAUUUGGUUACGAUUGUUACCGUUAAAUAUAAACGUUGCCUUUUGUUAAUACUGUUGUAAAUACAUAUCCAUGAUGCCAUAUUUAUCAAUUUGUAAUUUAAUUAUGGGUAUAAGUUCUGAAACAUAAAUAAUAUUUAUGGAAAUGUUUUCUAACAAGAACUGUACAGUUUUGGUCAUAACCAACUUAACAUUGAACAAAUGACUAAUACAUUUCCAACUCCGCGAUUGUAUUCUGCUUUGUUUCUUUUAAACCAGUAGGCCUCCAGGUGUCUUAUUUGGAUUGAAGAAAGCAUAUAUGAAUAUAAUGGAUUUGUCUAUAUAUAAUGCAGAUAUUUCCGUCACUUUUCUUUACGAGACCAUUGACAUGUAUCGCUUGUUAGAACUAAGUUCAGAUGAGCCAGAAGCUAUACACGGUUAUGUUGAUAUCUUUAUGUUUUGUUCAAAUAAGAUUUUUUGUGUAUUUACUUUAUAGUAAAGAUAGAUGUCAAUUCGUAGCAUACUGAAAAACACUCCCAGCAGCCUGUUGCACUCUGAGCUGAUUUUAGGAGAGUGCGAUCAAGUCGAAAUGAAGUUUAUCACAUUAUUACAAAAUUGGGGUCAACGCCCACAUCUAAGCCAAUAAGGCGACUUUAAAUCCAGCAAUGUCUUUGUGCAAGUAUGUUUUGUGUGCAUCGGCAACAAUGGAACUGUCACAACACAGUAUUUUCAAUAAUAAUAAAAAAAACAAAAACAAAAAAAAACUUUUUUUUUUUUUUUUGGUCUGUCAGCUUGCAUUGUUUUAAAUGUAAUUCUUCUGUGAAAUCUAAAGCGUGUUCUUUGUUGUGGUGUUGCAUAUAGAGCAGUUUGAUUCACAUUUGCUUGUUUUGUGUGAAUAACUUGUCAAGAUGGCAUUUUGUGUUAACUAAAUCUAGGGAGAGGUAUUCUAGAUGUGGGCAGAGGAGAACACAUCCGUGUCAAAAGAGUUACAGCAUUGCAUUGUAACCUAUUCUCAAGAAUUGAAUAAUAUGCAGAAACAAAGUAUAUUGUGCUCAGAAGAGAACAAUUCAGACCACCAGCAUUACUUUUCAAAUCAAAUGUAAAAAUGGUACCUCGUGACAGUGAUAUAUGAAAUGAGUUUAUUUAAAUAAUUUAAGGAAUAUAUGUUUUAUAUGCUAUUUUCUAUACCUUAAUUUCUUAUUCCCGUACCUUUCUGCCCCGUGUCAGAGGUCAGAGCCAAUAACACAGCUAGAAUGUGAUGUUGUAACGCUUUCUGGGAGAAAUGGGUCACACUCAAGUUAUUCCUGAAGAGCAAAAUGUUUUAAUGAUGAACUGAGUCACUGUGCCACAAUGAGGCAAACCUGUUACAACAGCCUAUAGCUCCAGAAGCGAAGCUUCCUUGUGCUUUUUAGGCUACUGUAUGUUGGUUCAUUUGUUUUACCAACUAUUUA